UCGCCCCCGCGCGUCCCUCUUCAUGUAAAGUCUCUCUGAUUUGAAACUUUCAAGCCAUUUAAAUCACUCAACUCUCUUCCGCGAUCUUCUCACCACCAAUGACUUCGCGGCCACCACUCCUCCGCCGCCACAACUGCGGCCAACUUCCUCCGAACUCCGUGGCGCAUUCCGAACUAGUGCGCCGACGAGGCGGUCUGAUCUCCGUGCCAGGUGGUAAACUGACGCUGCCGCCGGAGAUUACACGGAGGUUCACGAAAUUGUUGCUGAACGUGAAUAUACAGGGAAGUUUGGGGCCGGUGCAGGUGGUGAUGUCGCCGGAAAACGCCGUCGGAGAUUUGAUAAAGGCGGCGAUAGAGAUCUACGUGAAGGAGAUGAGGCGGCCCUUGUUGAAUGAAUCCGAUCCUCGGCAUCUCGAGCUUCACUAUUCGCAGUUUAGCUUGGAAAGCUUGAAGGCAGAGGACAAGUUGAUAAACUUGGGGUCGAGAAAUUUCUAUCUGUGCCGGAAACCGACCUCUGUUUCCAAUUCAACUUGCUCCGAUGAGGCAAAGAAGGUGGCCAAGUCUGCCUUUCCAUUCACAAAAUUCAUGGAUUUCUUGCUUUAGCCUUUUAAUUUAACUUCUUAGGGGUCCCCAAAACGUUUACCUCGUGCAUAAAACCCUGACCAAUUGUGAAUUUCUCCUCUUAAUUCGGCUAAUAAUUAAAACCAAAAAAUGUCGGCCAAGUUUCGAUUUCCAUUGACAGAGUUCAUGGGUUCUGUGUAUAGUUUCCAUGUUUUCCAGACGAUAAUGACAACUUGUGUGUUUGUGCCAUCUUUUUAUCCAUUGUAGAAAAAUGGUGCUUAUAUAGCCAA